AUGACAACGUUAAAUUUUUUGAUAUCCGAAGAUCGCGGAAAUUUUGAUGACAAUUAUUAUACUGAUUAUGACCAAGGAAAGCUCAAGCGAAGUGAUAAACCACGCGAAGAGAAAAAUAAAAAAGAAAAAAAGCAACAAGUUGUACAUUCACAAUCAUUAAACUUUAGACCGUAUGUACCUUCACAAAGUCAAACAGAUUUACCUAGAAAGAAGCCUCAGCCACAUCUAGAGCAAAUUAAAAGUCAACCUAAUCCAGAAACUGCUCCAGCUAAACAAGAUUCUAAUCCUAGAUCAGAUAAAACAUAUAAAAGAGAUAACUAUAGUAGGAAUGAUUCAAGAAAAGAACAACCAACACCAAGAACUUCAAAUCGUCCAAAUAGAAAUCAAUAUUACGGCGAUCCAAGAAUGCCUAAGAGCAAAAGUAACAUGUCCUUACAACUCGGAACGAAAUCUCAAUCUAAACCACCAAGGAGAAAUAAAUUCGAAGAAUACAGAGCGGAGCCAAAUGAUUCUCCUAUUAGUCCUGUAUUCUCACCUCAAAAGAAAUCAGAUAAUUUUACUUUACCUGAUUUCCAAAAUGAAUAA